AUGAAAAGAAUAACAGAAAGUAAAGAAACAUUCCACACAGUUUCGCCUUUCCUUGUUGAAAAGGCCGUCGUUAGUACACUUGGUGAAGUUUCUUCUAUUCGCAAACUUCGUUCUGGAGACUUGUUGAUUGGAGUAAACUCCCGACUACAAGCACAACAGAUUCUUAAGUUGAAAGCUUUGGCAACUAUUCCUAUAUCCGUUACCGCUCACACAUCAUUAAAUACGUCUAAAGGUGUGAUAACUUGUGGGGAGUUACUUAAUACUUCCAAUGAAGAUAUUAUAAAAGAAUUCAAAUCUGAAGGAGUAAUUCAUGUACGCCGCAUCUCAAUUCGGCGAGACGGACAACUCCUUCCCACAAAGCAUCUUGUUCUCACCUUUCAAACACCAACAUUGCCAGAAAAGGUUAAAGCUGGUUACAUGCGUCUUGCUGUCCGACCAUUUAUUCCAAAUCCUCUUAGAUGCUACCAAUGCCAACGUUUUGGGCAUUCAAAGAUGGCCUGCCGUGGGACACUCACAUGCGCCCAUUGUGCAGAGAAGGGACAUGACAGCCAGCAGUGUACGGCACCCGAAAAGUGCGUCAACUGCAAUGGCGAACACACUUCUUUUUCAAGAUCCUGUCCACGUUGGAAAUUGGAAAAAGAAAUCAUAACUGUGAAAACUAAGGAACAAAUCUCAUAUCCGGAGUCAAAAAGGAAAAUCCUUGCGCAAACACCUUCCCCUGGCAUAAGUUAUGCAUCCAUUACUAAAAAACCAUUUUGUAAAAACUGUAAAUGUAAAAAUUGUGUUCAGAUUUUAACUGAGAAACAAACCCCUGAUUCCCUUGAAAAACAAACCCCUGUUAAAUCAUCUGAUUCGGAUACUGAACCAUCUACAAACAGUGCUCCAGAAACUCAUGAAACCAGAAAACGGAAACCAAAACCAAAACCCCAACGUUCUCUAAAGCUAAAACUUUCCAAACGCGGUCUUUCGCAAGAAAUGAUAUCAGAGAAACUAUAA